CGGCGACCGCAGGACGCGGUAAGGCGGCGAGGCGUGGUGAGGGCAGCGUGGUGUCGGGCCGUCCUGUGCUAGGCACGGCCGGGCCGGGCCGUGCGGGGUUGGGUUGGUCUCGUCUCGGCCGCCGCCGCCAUGAGUUUCGGCGGCACCCUGAGCAUCCUGCGCAGCGACUCCUACGCCGAACUCAGCCAGUACCGGGACCAACACUUCCGGGGGACGCGGUACGACCAGGAGCGGCUGCUGAGGAAGAGCUGCACGCUCUAUGUGGGAAACCUCUCCUUCUACACCACGGAGGAGCAGAUCCACGAGCUCUUCGGCAAAAGCGGCGACAUUAAAAAGGUCAUCAUGGGGCUGGACAAAGUGAAGAAAACCGCCUGCGGCUUCUGCUUCGUGGAGUAUUAUGCCAGAGGAGAUGCUGAAAAUGCAAUGCGCUACAUCAACGGGACCAGACUGGAUGACAGAAUCAUAAGGACAGAUUGGGAUGCAGGGUUUAAGGAGGGUAGGCAGUAUGGCCGUGGACGAUCAGGGGGGCAGGUCCGAGAUGAGUAUCGGCAAGAUUAUGAUGCUGGAAGAGGUGGCUAUGGCAAAACUGUUCAGUGCCAGUGACUCCUCAGCCUCACAAGAGAACCAAAUCUGCAUAGUAAAUGUCCCCAGGCACAAAGUAGGUCUUUUACACACAGUUCACUGAAACUCCUGUCCAAGUUCCUGUGAGCACAUCCUCUGUUCAAUACCUCUUUGUUUUAAUACCAGGAUCCAAAGCAUUGCAGAGGACCUGGGGGGAAGGCUUUAAGCAUUAGAAUGCUGAGGCUUUGGUCUCAAAAUGCUGCUAUAACUUACUGAAAGGAACAAAGAUAUAAUGUUAUGGUGCUUUUUUUGUUCUCUGGCAAAACUUGAUUAUUCUACUGGGUUUUGUUUACAUUGGGAUCACAGGGUGGAGGACAGUGAAAAGGAUGAUUGGUGGGGGUUUCACAAAGGAAAGCAGAAGGCAAAAAGCCUGAAAAGGAAGUGGAAUUUGUAAGGAAAUAUUUCAAUUUCUAGAGAAGACUUUUAAUUUGCAGAUUUUCUGGCAUUACUGGAUUAGCAUCCUUUUCCAUUUAUGCUGUUCCUAGAAGGUUUACAUGAACAGCCAUAAUAAAACAGAUUAGAUUGAGUUCAGGAGUCAUGAAGUGAGAAGCAGAGAGCAGGAAACAGACCUCUGCUGUCUUCUGCAAAGUACAGUUGUGAUUGCAUGACAGAGAAGAGCAAAUACAAGAAUUACAGUACUGUUAUUUCACAGUUUGAGUAUUAAUAUUUUGCCCCAUCUGGUAGAUCUCUACAGCCUUCAUAUUUGAGGGCUUAAUAUUUGAGCCCUUACAGGGCUGUGCCUGUAAGGGUUGCAUGAAGCCAAGUUACCCCCUAAAUAGGAUGUUUGAGGAAUUGGGUUUAUGAGAAAGUUUCUUCCCAAAACAGGUUUUCUAUUUUAGAAACUUGAUUUCAGACAACUUAAAAAUAGAAAUAAAAGAGUUUUGCGAGGAGUUUUGCUGUCUACCGAGCAUGUGAUAAGAAUGGUAAAAGGAUUUCAGAAUUGUGUAGCUUGUUGUAUUUUGGUUUUUCUCUUUCCCUGCUGGAUCCUAUUCAUACUGCUUGUUGAUGUGUUGGAAUUUUGAUGGACUUCUGAGUUCCAUGUAAAUGGCAAUUACUGAAGUUUUGUGCAAACACCUUGUUGUCCAUGACUCCUCAUAAACUGUCAAAGGUGUACAAAAGUUGAGCUUAACUUCCUGAAGGUAUUGUAGGAAAUUUUGAUGUUUCUUGUUUACAGUUAAUCACAACUGUUAGUGUAAAUUUGAAGACAAGUGAGAUUGAACAACUCCUUACUUAGGAAGUGUGAGUUUGAGGGUUUUUGGCAUGUCAAGUAAAACUAGACUUUUGGGAUUACUUGGUGCUGGUCUGCAAAUAAGCUUUGAACAAAAUUACCUUUUCCAAUAUAAUACAUUUGACUAUGAGUUUAUAGCCUGUCAUCUACUCUAGAACACUGCUGAAGUUUAUUUUUCAUUGUAUCAAGUUUGUAUAAAAAAUAUGUUACCAAAAAUUGUAAAGUCACUUUCUUUUAAAUAAAGCUGCAACAUUAAAA